AUGAUGAUCAUGGAGCCUUCAUCCUCUGACCUGAGCACUAUGGAGAGUAGUAGUAGUACUGGUGGUUUGAAUAAUAACGGUUCACCCAUUCCUCCUUCUCGACCUCUGGCUCGAAGGCUCUCCAUGUUGAACCAUCCUUCCUCAAUGGAACGAAAAAGCAGUGAAUCCAACAUGAUCAUCCGAAAGAAUAAGCAUCACAGUAUUGCAGGAUCAAGCCUGAUCAUUAGCUCUCCAUCCGCUCUUAAGACAACAACAACAACAUCCUCUUCUCCUCAAUCUCCUUCAUCCUCAACUUCACCCACCUCUCCUCAUGGAAUGAUUUCUUUCAAGAACAUGAACAAUUCUCCACGAGGAGGAGCAACAAAACCAAGCCCAUCGGUGGUCAUGUUCCAUACACCGUCUUCACCCUCAUCCAAUGCUGUAACGACUACGACUUCGCCCUCAAUAACCACCUCACUUCCACCCCUUGUUCCUCCACCUCGAAGCUCUUCUCUUCCUCCUCUCUAUAUGAAUACAUCGACGAUGGCAACCUCAUUCUCCAAUGCUUCAUCGAAUGGCGCUGCAGAGAAUGACGGAGGAGUCUCUCCCUCUUCUCCAUCUUCCCAAUCAAGCGUGGAGAGUAGUUCUGUUCACUCAGUUUCGAGUCCACGCGAACAGCUCAUAGCAUCGGCUGUAGUAACGCCCUCAAUCGUGAAUCGAAAACGCUCUUCAGGCUCCUUUGGUUUGGUCAUGGAACAAUUAUCGACAACAGGCUCGCCUAUUUCGCCCAAUCCGUCGCUUGAGUUGCAUGGUCGAACGAGAAUGAGAAUUGAUUUAGAAAAUCCCACUUCCAAUACCACUCCUGAUAACAAGAAAACUUUCGAGGUUAUUGAAUAG